CCGGGAGGUUGAGCUGCUGAACGAACACGGGUUCUCGCACGCCUGGGAAACAGCGGUGCCGACGGCGCGGCAGCAACUGAAGGCCAUGUUCCCUCAGCUACAGCGCGUGCCUAACCUCCUGGUGGGUUACCCAGAGACACAGCAGAUGCUCGAGACGUUUCUCAGGGACCGGGCGUUCAAGGCGAUGAAAGUGGGGUCCACGGGCGCGACAUGCGUCGUGGGCGGCUAUGCCUCCUUUGUCAACCAUGCGUGUCCGGGCGACAUUACUCAGAUCAACGCGAGAGUGAACCCCAUUGCGUCUGUCGCGCCGCGCUUCGUGCUCAAGGCCACGAGGGAUAUUAGGCCCGGCGAGGAGAUAUUCAUCGACUACGGCAAGCCGUUGGGUUUCCGCUGUUGCUGCCGCGUGUGCGAAGACAUCCGGUCAAACAAGUUUGGCGGCCGGCUCAGGCUGUGGAUGAAAUAUCAGUGGGAGAAACAGAGGUGGUGCAGACAGUGGAAGAGAGGCAAAUCGAUGCAGACGGUGUGGAGCUAUUAAUCCGAACGGAAAGAGAGAUGGGAGAGAGAGUGGUGAAGAGCCUCGAGCGUUGACUUUUUAUUAUCCUGUCUUUUUCUUAUUUCCGUGUAGUUUGGGGGUUUCUGUCUUGAUUUUCUUCCCAGCGG